AGAUAUAGCCAGUUUGCAAAGACCAUGGCUGUGAACUUGGAGAUAUGGAACAUCGCUAUAGCCAGUGUGCUAUUGAUGCUUGUGUAUGCUGCCAACAUCUCAGCUUUUGACAUGCUCAAUGCUUCGCUAGAUGACAGCAACACAACUCUUACUUCAAAGCUUGGAUAUGAGUGUUCAAGUAUAAACUCGUUUAUUUCGAUUGGAGGCUCUUUUGUUGUUCCAUUUUUGCAAUGUCUUGGAUACCGAAUUCUUAUUUCAGGCUCUGCUCUGUUUCAUGUGCCCCUGUAUCUUGCAAUGAUCUUCCUAGAUAAGUAUGUGCUUAUCACUGGGGCCACAAUAAAUGGCAUUGCUGAUGGGAUAGUGUGGGUUGUGGUCUUUGAUUAUGUGGUUUCUGUGUCACAAAAAAAGAACAUUGAAAGAAACAUGAGUUACUUCAUACUGACGUACAGCUUUGCAGCACUUAUUGGAAAUCUAAUAAACUACUUCAAUCUGGACAGUCCAAGAAAGAUAACUGACACAGCACGGAUUCACAUCUAUAGUUUAUGUACAGCAAUUACAAUCUUUGCUGCACUGUUGGCAGCUUUUGGGUUACGAAAAAUGCCAAGCACACCCCAAAAUAGCAGGGAGCAAUCAAUUGUUGAAACAAUUGUUGAAAGCGAAAUCUUGCCGGACAGCGAUGCUGAGGACUAUAAUGAUUAUGAUCCCCUUGUAACUUCUGAUAAUAUAGAGGUUGCAUUUAGAGACGAAAUUAGCAUACCAAGGCGCUUGUUAAAGUUUCUUGUUAAGCCCGCUACAUUGUCUCAGGGGGUAACUAGUAUUGUUUCAGGAAUGUUUGAUGCUUGGCUGGUGGUAAUAUUUACCUGUAUUCGCAAUACAUAUAGCGACAGACAUCUUUUACCUGUUUGUGGCCUUAUAUAUGGCUGCUGUAAAAUAGUUUUCAGUGCAAUUUGGAAUAAGUUAACAACUUUUAUUGGCUACAGAUUUAUGAUUUAUUUAAUUACAGUAGUGACUCUGUUAUGGCUUUUGAUUAUAAUGUCGAUAUUUCCUCCAAUAUCAAUACAUGCUCAAGGUAAUGCUUCAGAUGCUCUUGUACCCCUUGGUCCUUGGGUUGUGUAUCUCUUGGGAUUUUUCAGCGGUAUUUCAAGGACUUGGAUGGACCUCUUAAAGCAGAUCUCAUGUGGCACCUGUUCCAGGGCAGAUGAUGUUAUGGAGGACUUUAAGCCCAGUGUCAUGUUCACAGUCAAAACGAUUGUUUGGAGUAGUGCUAGUGCAGUAACUUAUGCUGUUGUCCCAUAUGUUAAUUUUUAUGCCUUUGUUGCUGUUAGCAUCUUUGGUUUGCUUGUCAAUCAUGUUUUGUUUGAGAAAAUUUUGCUGAGAUAUUUUGGGGCUACUGAUGAAAGAACACACGUUAAUUGAUUAUGUUUCUUGAGAUGAAAACUUACCAUAUUUUAGGCAUGUUUUGAGGGAAAGCCUGUAGCAGCUUUGUAGAUUACUUUCUUGAUUAAACAACAGUGCAAGUGGAAUGUAAUUUUAAUCGAUUUACUGAAAACAUCUUGAGAUUUUAGUUUACUGUAAUUCUUUCAUGAGACUUUGCCAUUUAAGAUUGAUUUUUUAGUAAAUUGAUAAAGCUUAAAAUAGCUUGAAAAAAGUCAGGAUCUUUUUACAGGUGUAAAGUACGAAUUGAUUAAAUUGGUUUUGUUUACAUAAUACCUGUUGAAAUAAUUUUAGCUGCGACCAACAGUUUCUAAUUUUGCUGAAUAGUUUAUCAUUUGAUUAGUUUGUUUAUGAUAAAAUAUUUUCAUUAAUUUCAAAUGAUAUAAAAUUAGACAUGUCCAGUAAAGAUUUAAUUUUUUAAAUUUAAAGUUUUUGAAUUGUUCGUUUUUGGGUUAAAAAUGUUAAAUUGUGAUGCUUCUCUAUUUACCUUGAUUUCAAUUUUUUUUCUCUUUCAAUUUGUUUGACUCGUACAAUGGGUUUAUAAUGAAAAUAAACAGCAGUGCCUUUGAAACUUUGCUCUAACCAUGCAACUUAUCAAUGAAAAUUUGCCAUAUACAAUGUAAUAAUGUAAUCUUCCCUUGUAUGUUAAUUUUUCUUACGUACGCUCUUUUUAACAAAAAUCAUACUUAAAGAGCUCAUAAUGUCAGCCCGCCCCGGAAUAGUUACACCUAAACUUGGUGCAAAGCGUAAACUAAAGGACACUCUAGAAGUGCCUGACAUUACUCAGCUGGAGUUAUCUCCUCCAUCCCGUAAAAAGAGUGAAAGCAAGGGCAUAGUGUUGUGUUGGGGCACUGGGGAUACCGGCCAGUUGGGACUUGGCGAUGAGAUCCUGGUCAGGAAGAAGCCUGCUGUCGUCAAAAAAGGAGAUCUAGAGGAUGAGAAUGUGGUGGCAGUUAGAGCCGGAGGUAUGCACACUGUGGCGCUGACAGACAGUGGGCGCGUAUACACCUGGGGGUGCAACGACGAGGGAGCGCUGGGGCGCAAGGCCACAUGUAUGGAAGAAGAGUGCAUUCCCGGACUCGUGACACAGAUAACGGAUCGUGUGAUAAAAGUGUGUGCGGGUGACAGUCACACAGCAGUUCUAACUCAGCUUGGUCACGUUUACUGUUGGGGUUAUUACCGGGACAACAGUGGACCACUUCUUGAUGAGGACGAGAAGAAAAAAGACGGAGGUGAAAGCACACCAAGAUGGAAGGCUGUUUGUGUUAUGAACAAUUCAUCUGACCCGGUAAUAGAUCUGGGCUCUGGAGUAGACCACUCAGUUGCUGUUACCCGGCAAGGACAAGUUUGGAGUUGGGGCUGCGCUGAACAAGGACAACUGGGAAGGGUCGCUAGAUUCAUGUCUGUUCGGGGCGGACGGCGUGGACUGGAUACUGUUCUGGCUCCUAAGGAGAUAAGAUUCAACAAACGAAAAUGCCCUGGAAAAGUCAUCGGAGUAUUCUGUGGAGCGUAUCAUACAUUCCUUAAAACAAAUCUUGGUUCAUGUUUUGUGUUUGGGUUAAAUAACUACGGUCAAUGUGGUACAGGUUCACUUGAAGAUUACUACUGUCCCAUGCCAUUCAAGUGGGCUAAAGAUACGAAGAUAGUUCAGAUAGCGGGCGGUCUUCAUCAUACGCUUAUUCUGGACGAUGCUGGACAUGUCUACGGUUUCGGUAGGAUACAUUACGGUCGUCUGGGACUUGGUAAAUUGGGUGAAGAUGAGGAUAUUAAAAGUCCACAGAAGAUAGAAGGUUUGGAUGAUGUUGAAAUGAUAGCAGCGGGGGGAGCCACUUCGUAUGCUCUGUGUGGUACUGGUAAUGCCUACGUGUGGGGUAUGUCUACUAACUUGCAGCUGGGUAACGGAGACGACGAGAAUGACGCCUGGGAUCCCAUACUUCUCACGGGGAAGCAGCUGGAAGAUUCUACCCUGCAUUUGGUUGGAGGGGGUGGACAGCAUUCUGUUGCUUUGAUCACGAGAGAGAACUGAUCUUCUGGCGGGGUCGAUGAAAUUUGUUGUUUCACAGAUUGUUCUAUUUUCACUGAAACGGGUUAUUUUCAUUUUGAAGUCAUAGUAUUUAUUCUUUUAAUUGGAUGUCUUUUUUAUGGAAUCAAAGGGUUUUGGCAAUUAGAUUUAAUUAUAACGUUGGAUAGAAGUUAAAUUAAGGUAAGUUUCGAGAAUUAGGUAACUUAUUUUUAUUUGAUUUUUAAUUUCAAUUUUAUUUUAAAAAGUUUUAAACAA